GUUCUUCUAUGCGAAAAGUUCUUGUGGUAAGCUUUUCAGUUGAGGGCAUUAGAUACAUCCUUCAUCAAUAAAAUGUCCGCCCGCGCUCUCGAAGCUCUUCGCAAGUUCACUUCCUGUGACAUUGGAGAUGCUCUCGUUAAGCUCAAAUACCCCCAGGGCGGCUUUUUGGAUGGUAUCCGCAUGUUCUCGCCGGGCGCGUCAAGACGUGUCUUCGGCCCCGCAGUGACGGUCGAGAUGGUGGAGAUGAGCAACACCGCGGCACCCAAACUGGACAAGCACUUUGUAGACCACAACCAGGAGGGCGGCAUCAUGUACGUCCAGCAACCCAAAGGCUUGCCUUCGGCGUGCUGGGGCGGGCUGAUGUCCACUCGGGCAAAGUACCUCGGUGCGGAGGCUGUGGUUGUUGAUGGUCGUAUGCGAGACGUUGGAGAACAUAAUGAGAUGGGCUUCCCCGUGUUCGCGCAAGGUACUUCGAUCCUCGGAUCUAACACUUUCACCCGUGCUUCGAGGGUCAACGUGCCGCUCCAAUUCAAGGGGGACCUCUGGAUCAACCCUGGCGACAUCCUCGUGGGUGAUGCCGACGGCGUUGUUGUCACCCCGGUUUCUCUGGUAGACAAAGUGGUUUCUCUAUGCCAGGAAAGGGCUGAAGUUGAUGAGAAGAUGUUCUUGGAAUUGAAGAAGGGAGCUGCUAUGGGAGACCUCAUCAAGAGUGUGAGGAAAGACAAAUGAUUACCACCAGACCAAAUAGAUUCCGUCCACCUAUUCAAAGUGCAGCUAGGGGUUUGACGUUGCUUUUGAGUCAUUUGAGAUGCACUUAAUACCAAUAGGAUGGCGGCCGAGCGAUAGCUUGGAUGCUGGUCAUCUCGAAUGUACCCGUUUGUUUGCGAGGUAUUAGUGCUUAUACUGUCUUCAU